GAGUAAAGCACGCUAUUUAGACAUGAAACGCACACCGCCAGCGGUUGAAUCCGGCGUUGAUAGAUGAUGUAAAUAAACAUAGGUGACAUUGGGCCCGAAAUUGUAUUAUUUCAAUUGAAUUCCGCGUCGUGUAUUGUGGGAAAUUCUCUCCGUCCUCGUCGAAUCGAGAAGAGGGAGAGAGAAUCUCGCGUGAAGUAUGCGGAACCGGCCGAACGUCGGAACCAUUACGCGACCGCCCUUUGCGAGGUUAAGACGCAAUGGUUAACGCGAGCUUAUAGUGGGUGUCGCGUAUGAAGAAAAGGAGGGAAAUAAGCGCUUUCUUUGUAUCCCGGUAUUCGCUCCAGUUUCUCGCAGAGAUGGAUUUUGCUCUAGAACGACUGCACGUGGACAACACGCGCAUUAUCCUCAGCACGCCCAAUCGAUCUUAUACUUGUGGUAGAGCAAGGGAGAAUGAUAUAGUUUGCUUUAGUCUACUUGUAUCUCGUAAACAUUGUAUUUUUCAAAGACAUUCUGAGAAUUUAUACGUCACAGACUUACGGGUAUGUAUAGUUCAAAUGGCAUUUUUGUCAAUGGAGAAGAAAAACCGAGUAUGCAGCUGAUCAAUCUACGUGAGAACGAUCUCGUUGGAAUUGGCUGCCCAGAAACAGAUAUAGAGUUAAAUAGUGACACGUUGUAUGUUUAUAGAGUUCGCAUUAUUCAGUCACCUGUUCUUCAAGAAGAAGAAGAAGAAGAACGUAGCACCUUAUCGAAGACAAUUAAUUUAAAUAACAAUACACCACGAGAAGGAACAUCUGCCCGUCCCGCGAAUUGUUCCUCUAGAAAAAGAUACGAACGUAAUUCAAAUUAUGAUAAGAUGGUGCCAAAUAAAAAAGCACACGUUACGUAUAAUGAUGAACGUAACGCUAAUGCUAGUUCUUCGAAAGGAAUUAAUUGUAAUUCAUCUCGUAAUAAUCAGACUUCGCAUAAUAGCAGAAGUAUUAAUAAUUUAGAAAACGAGUGCGAUAUUAUAGAUAUAACUGCAGACGAUGACAUUGUAAUAAUUCAUACAUCAAUAAUAAAGGAAGUAAAGGAGAACUUGGAUCUGAAAUCUGUAAAAUAUUUAGACGGCGGUAAUAAUUCAGAUUUUGAUGAAAAAAUGGAUAUUUCUAGUAUUGAGAGUGACAGUGAUAAUGGCGAUGUUAAUGACAGAGAGAAUCCAAAUUUUACACAUACAGAUGACCAAAUGAUUAAGUGCGAAAAUGAACUACAACUGACAGAUGAUGAAGGAGCACAUAAGGCAGCUGACAAGCACGGCACCGCUAAGAAUAAAUCACCAAUUAAAUUAAAGAAACUAAAACAUGAAUCGAAAACGCGAUUUUCGAUUAUCGAUGUUGUCGAUUUGAGUGACGAUGAGGAAGGAAUAUUUCCAUGUUCCCAAUUAUUUGAUAUCAAAUACGAAGAUAAUACGGAAAAUAGAACGGAGAUUAAGCAAGAAUAUAUUGAUAAUGAAUAUGAUGAGCGAAACACCGAAAAUAUUGGCCUGCUAAACGUCGACGAUGAGGUCAUUAUUUUAACGGACAGUGAAGAUGAGGAUAAUCCUUGGUUGGAACGACUAUCUAGAAGUCAGUUACUUAACGAGGAUAUAAAACCUGCCGUGAGUGACGCGAUCAUAAAAGAUGAAAUCGAUUUGGGUAUAUGGGAUGAUGAAUUUGAACAAUCCGAGAUACCAUAUACUUCUAAGGCUUCUUGUAGUAAAGAAAUUCCUUCAUUACGUCCAAGCGUCAUUGUUGAAACUAAAAAGAAUAAAGAUGAUUAUAGUACUAAAUUACCGACAGAAGUAGAUGCAAUGGAUGUAGAUCAAGCAAGUCUUAACGAUUCUAGUACGAGAGAUAUUGACAGAUCUUGUGAAAGACAUAUUAUUGAUAGCAAUAUUCGUGACAGAAAGAAACACAAAACGGAUGCGAAACAAAAUGUACAGUUGGAUAAGCGAACAGAAAGUGUAAAACAAAAAUUAUCUAUACCGACCAAAAAAAUGGAUGUAGAUCAAGCAAAUUUGUCUAAUGAAUCUAGUACGAGAGGUACUGAUGAAAGUAGACGGAAUACUGAUAUCAAUCGUGACAGAAAGAAACAGAAAAGGGAUGCGAAACAAGAUGUACAGUUAGAUAAGCGAACACCAGAAAGUGCAAAACAAAAAUUAACUACGCCAAUUAAACAAGUGGAUGCGAUGGAUGUAGAUCAACCAAGUCAUUCUAACGAUUCUAGUACGAGAGAUAUUGAUGAAAGACAAAUUAUUGAUAGCAAUAUUCAUGACAGAAAGAAACAGAAAAGGGAUGCGAAACAAAAUAUACAGCUAGAUAAGCGAACACCAGAAAGUGCAAAACAAAAAUUAACUACACCAAUCAAACAAGUGGAUGCGAUGGAUGUAGAUCAAGCAAGUCUUUCUAACGAUUCUAGUACGAGAGAUAUUAGUGAAAAACAGAAUAUUGAUAGCAUUAUUCGUGACAGAAAUAAACAGAAAAAGGAUGUGAAACAAGAUAUACAGGAUAAGCGAACAACAGAAAGCGUAAAACAAAAAUUAAUUACAUCGACCAAAAAAGUGGAUGAAAUGGAAGACGAGGCAGGUCCUUUUAACGAUUCUAGUACGAGAGGUAUUGAUGAAGACAAACAGAUUAUUGAUGAUAAAAACAAACAAAAAACAAAUGCGAAACAAGGUACAAAAUUAGACAAGCAAGCAUUUGAAACUAUAAAACAAAAAUUAAUUGCAAAGUCAACCAGAAAACUGAUUCCGGUAAUAGAACCAUUAAGUUUACCUAGUAGAAGAAGACGAUCUGAUUAUGGUAAAGAUAGAGCAACAAAAGUACGUGAGGAUUCAUCAUCAAAAUCAAGCGAAAAGAUAUCAAAAUUAAAAGAAAAACUCAACGAUAAUUUUUAUAACAAGGAAAAAGACCGCAAAGAGAAAUCUAAAUCGACGGCUGACAGUUUCUCAGCGAGUGAAACAAGACCUGGACCAUCAAUUUCUAAGGAUGAAAAAAAGAAAAUAAUUGAGCAGAGAAAGAUGAAAUUGAAAGAGAUUGCUGCGGAAGAGAAAAAGUUGACCGCCGAAAGUGAUCAAAGUAUUAAACGUAGAAAUAAACCGAGAGCUAAAAUAUCCUUGAAAAAUCGUGGCGACUUUCUUGUUCCUGAAGAAGAACCGCAAGUAUCUAAAUCGCUUCCAGAUAAAUCCGUAAAGCUGCCAAAAUCGAGCGACGAUCGAUCUAAGAAGCGAUCAACGGAUAAAGCUAACACGGUAGAAAAAUCCGCGACUAAGGUAUCCUUGAAAAAUCGUGGCGACUUUCUUGUUCCUGAAGAAGAACCGCAAGUAUCUAAAUCGCUUCCAGAUAAAUCCGUAAAGCUCCCAAAAUCGAGCGAUGAUCGAUCUAAGAAGCGAUCAACGGGUAAAGCUGACAUGGUAGAAAAAUCCGCGACUUUCGAUGCGAAGAAGUCUCGUCAGAAAACGGACGUUUCUAAAGAUACAGUUAACAAUAUUGCCACAUCAUUGCAACAGUCUUUACAUUUGGAUAAUAUGAGCACAUCUGAGGUAAGCACACUGGAUUUCAAAGCGACCAAUCAUAAUAGAAAGAAACGCAGCGGGAGCAAGGAUAACAUAAAGAGAAGCGACGUGAAUGCUGAUCCCAACGUGUCAUUUCAAGAUAGAUCGACUGAACACAGUUCCGCGAUGCAAAAAGAAAAUUUUUCACCAAACAGUUUGAAAUCGAGCCUCGUGAAACUGAGUCCGAAAUCGAAGAAAAAGAAGAGAGUGACCUUUUCUGACCCGUCUCUCGUCCAGAUAAGGGAAUAUGAAAUUGACCAGCGCAAUAAUUUAAACAAAUUGACGUGGAAAGAUGCACCUAUACCCACGAAUAAAUUAGUAAAAGGUACAAGGGCGUCCAUAGUCCAUGGAGAUUUUAGGCCGAAGCUGGAGGAGUUCCUACUUCGAAUUUUUAUGUGGAAUCCCGUUUGGCUCGAGGAGCAGCGCUACUUGAAGCGCAACCCGCCGAUAGUAUUGGAUAAGGAGGUUCAGACUAUGAGACUAUCGUACGAUUCUUACAAACAGUAUUACGAAAUUGCGAUGCCUCUUCUGUUACUCGAGAUAUGGUGCAUCCUGACCAAAGAUUUCGAAAUGAUCCAGAAUAAUAAGCAACGCCCGACCAUAAUGUGUUCUGUAGCCGAAAAUUCUGUUACGUGCACCCCAAUACCGUCGACCAAUUUAUUCCUGACGACACUAAUGCUCGAAAUACUAGUUAGUAAAGACGAUAUGUAUAAACAAAUUCAUCCCAUUUACGGAGAUCUAGUAUAUCUCGAGUAUGUCACGAUUGAACGCGGUAAGAAAACCUUUCACAAGAUAUUUGCGUACGUCACCAAUAUGCAGCGCAUGAUUAUCACAGAUUUCACGCACUAUAAUAGGGAUUUAAGGAAUUAUGUAAAAAAUCCUUAUGCCGUGAUAACGUUUACUUUGCUGACACGGCCUCUCGAGCACAAUAUCCCUGUAAAUCAAGUGCAAAGAGUCCGUACGGUCACGUAUUUGCGAUCGAAUAUCAGAAUGAUGCAGGCAUUACAAUACCUCCCACAUUCGCCUCUGUUGAAGUUAAUUGUGAAUCCAAAAAUCGAGAACUAUCAAUUAGUGCCACUAAAUGAACAGUUCAUGUCUUCCUCUUUGGUCACAAAAGACAAUUUGAAUCCGAAGCAAUUGGAGGCGGUAUUUAAAGUUACGGAUGCUGUGGUGAAGAAAGAAGCGAAACUGUGCUUCAUUCAAGGCCCGCCAGGGACGGGUAAGUCCAAAGUUAUUGUGAAUCUAGUAUCUCAAAUAUUAUAUGGUGAGCGUCCAGACAAAAAAUCUUUGAGAAUUCUGGUUUGCGCACCGUCCAACGCCGCCAUUGACGAGAUCGUGUUAAGGCUUCUGAAUAUCAGGUCUAAACUAAAAUUGAAAAUGGUGCGCAUUGGUCGAAUAGAGUCUAUGCAUUCAAAGACGAAAACCAUUUCGGUACCAGAGCUGGCGAAACGAUUUCUAGGACAAAUGACACAAAAAGCAACGAACGGCAACUACGUUAACUAUGAAGAUAUGUCGAUUUUACAGGCACGUAUUAAUGCGUAUAAAAGCGAACUUGAAAACGCUCAGAAGAUGAAUGAAGAAAAGAGGCUCUCACUCGUGAAUCAAUUAGAUGAAAUGUUCUUGAAAUACGAACUCCUAGCAUCUGGUAAAUCGAUAGACGAGCUCAACCCAAAGGACCGCGCCAAGUAUCAGCGUAUGGCGGAAAAUAUAGUUCUGAUGGGCGCCAACAUAAUCGCCUGUACGCUUUCGUCUUGUUACACCAAUCAAAUGGAGUCACUCUUCGGUGGUCACAAGGAUAGGAUUUCCGUAUGCAUCGUUGAUGAGGCGACGCAGAGCUGCGAAGCGGAGACUCUGAUACCGUUGAUGUUGGGGGUGAAUACAUUGGUCUUGGUAGGCGAUCCGAAUCAACUGCCAGCAACUAUUCUAAGCCAGCGAGCGAAGAGGAAAGGACUAGAUCAAUCGCUAUUUUCAAGGGUGCAGAAUACCUUCGCGUCUCAAUCGAACAAUCCAAUUAUAAUGUUGGACACGCAGUAUCGCAUGGAGGAUGCGAUCUCGUAUUGGCCGAAUAAGUACUUCUACGGUGGAAAGUUGAAAAACGCCAUCGAUUGUAGAACGAAAUUCCCAUUUCAUCCCUACAGAAUAUUGUAUCAUAAUUUCACUCAGAACGAUGAUAAAUUUUCCAAUACUACCGAAGCAGAAUUCGUGGCGAAUAUAAUUUUCACUAUGCUGAUGUUUGGCAAGUGGGAAUCGUCAAUCGAUACACUUUCUCUCGGAGUUCUCACACCGUAUAAUAAUCAGAGGACUCUUGUACUGAAUAAGAUAAAUGAAAAAAUAUCUAUUGUGCCGGACAGCAUAAGAAAGAAAAUUAUCAUCGAAGUCAAUACGGUAGACGGUUUUCAAGGACAAGAGCGAGACAUCAUAAUAAUGUCAUGUGUGCGAAGUAGUGGCAUUGGAUUUUUAUCAGACAAACAAAGACUCUGUGUAGCUCUAACAAGAGCUAAACAUAGUCUAAUAUUAUGUGGAAAUUUUAAUACUUUUAUGAGAGAUCACAUGUGGAAGGCAUUGUUAACUGAUGCACAAACUCGCAAAGUCUUAUGCAAUAUCGAUGCCAAUGCAUCACCUUCUACGAUUAAAAAAUAUAUCGUUAAGUGAAGAACUUAUUUGCAAAGUUUUACUUAGUGAGUAACUUGUGAGUAAUUCUUUUUGUACGGUUUUUUUUGUAUAUUUUGUAAAUAUUUAGGCUAGUACUGAUCAUCUAAAUAUACAGCUCCUAAUGAAAGUGAGUAAGUGCUUUAGGUUCAUAGUUGAAUUAAUAAUGAGAUAACAUGAUAUCCCACUCGUGUGACUCGAGUGGCAGCGUUACUUGAAGCACGAACCGGAUAGAUAUAUCGGAGAUAUAUUUAUGACAAAGAUACUCUUUCGGUGCUUUGCCAUCUCUUUCCGAGAGGAAGGUGAUAACCAAAUGAAGUUUGAUUAUAUGUUUCUAUCUGAAUUUGAACUCGAAUAUUUGGUACAGAAAGCAAACAUGUAGCCACGAUUGGCACAAAUUAAUAGGCAUGUUCAAACUGAUAAACUAGCCAAGUCUGUUCGCCAAGUUUUUGAUUGACUGCGUUCCGCAGAAAAAGCAGUUUUGUAACUGUUGUAAGAUUCUUUAAUAUAAUUGGUUUAUACAUUGGGAAAUUUUCAGAAAGAGACAAAUGGACACACGAAUCAUUCUGUCUUUGUUCGGUGAGAAACAAAGACAAAAUGAUUCCUAAUAAUCUUAUGUUGACUUGUGUCACUUGGCUGGAAAGCUUCCUUAGAUUCAUGAGAAAUUAAUGGCAAGAAUGUCAUAUUAAAUAAUCUUAUAGCAAUUGCAAAGUUUCUUGUUUCUUUAUGAAAUCUCUUCUAUCUAAAUUUGUAAGUACGAAUUGCACAACUUGUAUAAAACACAUCUUUUUAAGACUUGACACCAGCUAUAAUAUAGACGCCAUAUAGAGAUAAGAAA